ACAAUAGGUGGCGCUGUCACGAUGAAUUAUUUCUAAAAAAGAAGUGUCAGUGCGUGCCGCGGUAGUGAUCAAGAAGAGGUGAUUGUUUUGCAUGUAUUUGUGACCUAAGCUUAGGCCUAGCCUAAAUUAUUAAAUGUAUUUUGAUUGUGAGCUGAAUCUCUGGAGAAUUUGAAAAGGAACCGUCAGUUGUUCGGCUCUUCAAGAACCGAGUUUGGUGAGUAAGCAGCCAAUCACAAUUGAUUUAGCUUAAUGAUCUGGUUGGUGUUAAUACAUAACUUAUAAUCAAAAUACUACAGUAGUUGGAAGCAGAAUACCAACCUCGUUUCAAGAACUGUGAAGACAUCAACUUUAUUUGACCUUUGUCCAACAGUAUGGCAGCAAGUAGAGACAUGGAUUCUGACUCAGCAAUUGGAAGUAAUAUGGGGUCCAUAUCGCCACAAGGUGAGGGAUUCAGUGUGAUUAUGAAAAGUCCACCAAUCACAAUUUCUAAUGCAGAUUUAUCAGAAACUCCGCAGCUUCUGUCGCCACCAUCACCUACGUUUCACGGCAGUAGAAGCCUGUCCAUCAAUUCAUUUGACAGUUCAGACCUCACCGAUAAUGAUAAGCCAUCAGCUACCGUGUCACAGGGCGUGAAGCCCAAGACAAAUCGCUACUCUGAGCUACAGAAAACUGUAAGCCAACCUGAAGAACCGAAGCAGCCAGAGGUACUGGUUUUCACCGAGGCACCGAAUCGCAAAUUGUUCUGUAUGCUAUGCCGAAAAGUGUUUAAGGACCCGGUCAUCACACAAUGUGGGCAUACGUACUGUAGACAGUGUGUGAACUCCCGCCAUAACGAAAAAUGUCCAGUGGAUAAUAGCAAGCUAGCUGUUGUUGUUGCUAACAUUGCCGUUAACGAACAGAUCAGUGAAUUAUACGUCCAUUGCAAAUACGGUUGUAAGCUGUCAUCGAGUGGAAUAUCCGGUGAUUACGAAGUUGAUCCUGAAGGGUGUCCCAUGACCAUGCGUGUAAGCGAAAAGAGUACUCAUGAAGCCAAUUGUGGUUUUGCACCAAUGAACUGCCCAAAUAAUCCUAACUGCCCAACAAUUUUAAAGAUGGAUUUAGAAUUGCACAUGAAGUCUUGCAACCUGUGCAAGUGUGACCAUAGUAAGUAUGGAUGUCCGUACGUAGGCACGUUGGAAGAAGUCUCCGCCCACCUCCAAACCUGCUACUACGACAGCAUCAAAAACUUUCUGCAGAACUCUGAUGACAAGAUGCGUGACUUGCAGUUGACAAUUAGACAGAAAGACCAGGAGAUAGGCUUUCUACGUUCAAUGCUCGGCAAACUCUCUGAAAGGGUUGACCGGCUGGAGAAGUCCCUGGAAAUGAAAAUUAGCUACCUGGAUGAAAACCAAAGCCGAAUGGAGAAAUUAGUAGAGGAUCUUGAUGAAAACCAGCGCGAGAUGUCAAGUGAAAUGCUUGAUAAUAGAAGGAAGUUUAGCACAAUUAACCAUGAGAUAGCUUACAUCAUCGGAAGAUUUAACGAUGAGCCGCAACAGCUAUACCGGUGUAAAGGUACGUUUGUUGGUCAUCAAGGCCCGGUCUGGUGCUUAUGUGUGCAUGGCGAUUAUCUGUUCAGUGGCUCUUCAGAUAAGACUAUUAAAGUCUGGGAUACCCGUCCAAGUUAUACCUGCCACAAGACAAUGGAAGGACAUACAGGGAUUGUACUGGCUCUCUGUACCCAUGGUAACAAAUUGUACAGUGGUUCAUCAGACCAGACUAUAAAUGUAUGGAAUAUUGAUACAUUGGAACAUGAAAAGACAAUUGCAGCUCACGACAAUGCUGUGUGCACGCUAGUCAGCGCAAACAAUAUGCUUUUCAGUGGCUCACUCAAAGUUAUCAAGGUAUGGGAUGCACACACCCAUGAACUGAAAAAGGAAUUAAGUGGCUUGAACCAUUGGGUGCGUGCCCUCGUUGCCACCCAAGAACAUCUAUACAGUGGAUCUUUCCAAACAAUUAAGAUUUGGAACUUGAGUAGUUUGGAAGUGACAAAUGUCUUGGAAACCUCAGGAGGUUCCGUGUAUUCUAUCACACUCACGAACGAGCACAUCAUUGCGGGAACCUACGAAAACUGUAUUCACGUAUGGGACCGAAAAUCUCACGAACAAGUGGAAACUUUAACAGGACACGUCGGUACAGUGUACGCACUUGCAGUUAUCAGCGCGCCAGGCAGUACGCGUGUCUUUAGUGCUUCUUAUGAUCGAUCACUGAGGGUAUGGAACAUGGAGAAUAAAACAUGCCAGCAGGCUCUGAUUCGUCACCAAGGUAGUGUCACAUGUCUUGCUGUGUCUAGAGGGCGUCUUUUCUCUGGUGCUGUAGAUAAUACCGUUAAGGUUUGGCAAUAAAAGGACUUUCAAGUAAAUGCUUGUCUCAUGCUUGGUCUUGUCGGAAAUACAUAUCUGUGAUGCUAUGCAGAGUAUAAAAAUAUAAUACGCUGGUCAACCAUGAAUAAUAUGCUGCAUGGAUGGAUGGACGGGUGGCUGACUGGAUGCACAAACAAUAAAACCAUAAUUGUUAUAUAGCAUUAUUUUGGCAUAUGUAUAUUUUUAUGAAAUUUGAGGAAAAAAAUAUUGAUAUUUGUGAAAAUAUUUUUUUGAAAUGUUGAGGAAAAAUGUGGACAUAAUUUUAAUCAAGUUGGUGGUAAAAAAAAAAAAAUGUUUGAUAAUAUUUUUGCUAAAUAUAUCAAAGAGCAAUUUCGCGCUUAAUAUUGUACUUGAACGUGGGACCAAUUUGCACGGAGGCUGUACUUGAAUAUUCCAGUAGCGAACUAUUAUAUUCAGCAUUUUAUCACAAAAAAAUUAGCCACAAGACCACUAUAAAUGAUGAUGAUUUAAAUGUAUAUGAAUUAGGAAUUUUUAUUAUUUUAUUUAUUUUCUAAACUUGGAUCCCAUUCAGUUACAUGUCAGUGUUCUCAUUGCGUUAUAAAACCUAAGUCUGAUAUUGGGCUUAAGGCAUGUUUGCAUUGGAUAAUUUUGAUUAAGACCUUUGUCCAAUGUACUACUGUUCACAUUUGGAUUAAAGCUACGUUCACACCAAACCCGGAUCCGGUCUGGUGCCCGGACAAAGCAUCAUGAAAAAUGGGUUGAGUGGUAGAGAAUAGGGUCGUUCACAUCAAAUUCGUAUGAUUUCCAAUCUGGACUUCUGAUCUGUAACGAUAAAUCUGUAUCGUGAAAUCAUACGUUUUUUUUUGUUAAACCAAUCAGCAACAAGCUUGGUUGAUUUGAACCAAUCAAACGCAUACAGAUAACAGUGUUCUGUGUGGGAUGUGAACGCAGCGUUCAUAAAAACGUAACAACUCACGAUUUUUUGUCCGGAAUCUGGGCUUGAUGUGAACGUAGCUUUUUAAGUACAGAGAUUUUUUACCUGGACUGGGGUUAAAUCUAAUCAUGGACACAUUCUGCGAAAAGUUAGGCGAUGCACAUGUACCCUCUCAGAAAGAUGUUUACAUUGGACUUUUUUGCCCUGG